AAGAAGCAAAUGGCUAUGGCUAAAGAGUGGGUGCUAUGGCUGUCAGUUGUAGCUGCCUGUUACAGCGAUGCAACGUCUGCUGUGGACCCGUUCACCUCCAGGUCCCAGAUUCCUGAGAGAAUAACAGGUGUAAGUCCCAUCCACAAUGGCCAGGUAUGCAGUACCUGGGGCAAAUUCCACUACAAGACCUUUGAUGGAGAUGUGUUCCAGUUGCACUCCACCUGCAACUACAUCCUGACCUCUUCAUGCAGCAGCUAUUACAAGGACUUCAACAUCCAGAUAAGGAGGGGGGAAGAUGGCGACCACCACACCAUCAAAAACAUCAUCAUGAAGCUGGAGGGCUCAGUAGUGGAGCUCUCUGUGGGCUCAGUGGUGAUCAAUGGCAAAUCAGUCAUCUUACCAUAUAGUCAAGCAGGUAUACUCAUCGAGAGAAGUCCCACCUACAUCAAAAUCAAAGCAAAACUGGGAUUAUUUGCCAUCUGGAAUGAGGAAGACUCUUUUCUGGUGGAAUUAGACCCAAAGUUCAAGAACCAAACGUGUGGUCUUUGUGGAGACUUUAAUGGAGUCUACAAUGAGUUCUUCAGCCAUGGUGUGAAAAUAUCCCCCGUGGAUUUUGCUAACUUCUGGAAAAUGAAUGGUCCAACUGAAAGCUGCUCUGACUACACACUGGAAUCAGCACAAAGCUGCAACAACAUGAUCCUCACUGGCCCGGCGUUCAGCAGCUGUCUUAGUGGGCUGGACGUGCCCUCCUUUACCUCUGCCUGUGUAGCUGACCUCUGCCACUGUGGUGCUGGCGGCAGUGAACAGCUGGACCCCGCCUGUCUGUGCAACACUGUGUCCGAGUUCUCCAGGCAGUGCAGCCAUGCUGGUGGACAACCCAAAAACUGGAGAACCAAAGAGCUCUGCUGGAAGUCAUGUCCGGACAAAAUGGAGUACAAUGAGUGUGGUAGUCCCUGUGCUGAUACCUGCUCCAACCCGGAGGCCAGCCACACCUGCGACAACCACUGUAUCGAUGGAUGCUUCUGCCCUGCAGGCACGGUGCUGGAUGAUCUGAAUGGAUGGGGCUGUGUCCCGCUGAAGGAGUGCUCAUGCAGCUACAACAGCCGGACGUACAGACCUGGGGAGUCCUACUCCAGCAACUGCAAAAAAUGUGUGUGUGAGAGUGGACAGUGGAGUUGUAUAGAGGAGAACUGUCCAGGAACCUGCUCUCUGGAGGGGGGCGCUCACAUCAACACCUUUGAUGGCAAAGCCUACACCUUUCAUGGGGACUGUUCCUACGUCCUGGCUAAGGACUGCAGUGGAGCCCAGUUUGUAGUGCAGGCGCAGCUGCUGCAGUGUGGAGUGACCGAGAGUGAGACCUGCCUUAAGUCUGUGACCUUGGGUUUGUCUGGAGGGGCUAAUGUGAUCACCAUCCAACCCAGUGGCAAGGUGUUUGUGAAUGGCAUCUACGCUCAGUUACCCUUCUCUGCUGCUGGGAUCUCGGCCUUCAGAGCGUCCUCCUUCUACCUGCUGGUGCAGACGUCUGUGGGAGUGCUGCUGGAGGUGCAGCUCCACCCGGUGAUGCAGCUCCACCUCACAGUGACCAGCGACUACCAGGCCAACACCUGUGGUCUGUGUGGCAACUUCAACAGCAACCAGGCGGAUGACUUCCUGAAGCUCAGUGGGGUUCCAGAUGCCACAGCAGCUGGUUUUGUCAACAGUUGGAAGACACAUGCUGGUUGCCGCGAUGUUAAGAGCAGCUUUGAGAAGCCUUGCAGUCUUAGUCUGGAAAAUGAGAGAUACGCCCAGCACUGGUGCUCAAUGCUGAGUGAGCCUGAGGGAGUGUUUGCCUCCUGUCACUCAGAGAUCAGCCCUGACUCUUACAAAGAGAACUGCAUGUAUGACAGCUGUAACUCUGAGAACAGUGAGGACUGCAUGUGUGCUGCAGUCUCCGCCUAUGUCCAUGCCUGUGCAGCUGCAGGGAUCCACCUCAGCGGCUGGAGGAACACCAUCUGUGGGAAAUAUGCCAGCUCGUGCCCCAGCAGCAUGGUGUACUCAGACAGCAUCACGACCAGCAGCCACACCUGCCGCUGCCUCGGCUCCACGGACCUCAGCUGCCACGCUUCCUUCCCCCUCAUUGACGGCUGUGUCUGUGCACAGGGAACCUACCUGGAUGACAACGGGAAGUGUGUUCCAUCUACGGCUUGUCCCUGUUAUGACGAAGGCUCAGUGGUGCCUCCUGGACAGGUCGUUAACAAGCAAGGGCUCAUGUGCUCCUGUAAGGACGGUAAACUGGGCUGCAUUGGGGAGAUGAUUGUACAGCUAUCAGCCUGUGCUCUUCCUAUGGAGUUUUUCAACUGCUCUACCCAUGGUCCAGCUGCUAAAGGAACUGAGUGUGAGAAGAGCUGCAACACAUUAGACAUGGCCUGUGUGUCCACUGGGUGCGUGUCCGGGUGUAUGUGUCCAUCUGAGAUGAUGUCUGAUGGUAAAGGAGGCUGCAUCAAGCCAGACGCCUGCCCCUGUGUUUACAACGGCAUCUCCUACCAGCCUGGAGAGAGCACCAAGGUGGACUGCAACACCUGCACUUGUAAAGACAGGAAGUGGCAGUGCACUACAGAGACGUGUGAUGGGUCCUGCUCUGUCUACGGAGCAGGACACUACAUGACCUAUGAUCAGAAACGCUUCACCUUCGAUGGCAGCUGUGAAUACAUUCUCACUCAGGACUACUGCAGUGCACAGAGUAAUGGAACCUUUAGAGUUAUCUCUGAGAAUGUUCCUUGUGGAACCACAGGAACCACCUGCUCCAAGACAAUCAGGAUCUUCCUGGGGAAUGCAGAAGUGAUUCUAACAGAGGGACGCUACCAGCUGCUUUCAAGUGGAGAUGAACAUUCAGUUCCAUUCCGUUACAGCACUAUGGGCAUCUACCUGGUAGUUGAAGCCAACAAUGGACUCAUUCUCAUGUGGGACAGAAAGACCAGCUUGUUCAUCCUGCUAAGCUCAAAAUAUAAGGGUCGCGUGUGUGGCCUGUGUGGCAAUUAUGACGGCAAUGCAAAUAAUGACUUCACAACAAGGGGCAAUGCUGUGGUGGUCAACCCACUGGUGUUUGGAAACAGCUGGAAGAAUUUACCCAGUUGCCCCGACGAUCAGAGCAUUAGCAGCCCCUGCACAACCAACCCAUACCGACAGGCCUGGUCGCAGAAACAGUGCAGCCUUAUACAGAGUGACGUCUUCUCCGCCUGCCACUCCAUUGUGGAUCCAACUCCAUACUAUGAUGCAUGUGUGUUUGACUCCUGUGCUUGUGACACGGGUGGAGACUGUGAGUGUUUUUGCACUGCUGUAGCUGCUUAUGCUGAAUCCUGUAAUCAAGCUGGAAUCUGUAUACCAUGGAGAACCCCAAAUAUCUGUCCUCUCUUCUGUGAUUACUACAAUCCCCCUGGAGAAUGUGAAUGGCACUACAUGCCAUGCGGAUCUCCUUGUAUGAAAACCUGCAGGAAUCCAUCAGGCAGCUGCUCUCUACAGAUUCCUCCUCUUGAAGGUUGCUAUCCAAAAUGUCCUCCUGCUCAGCCAUACUUUGAUGAAGAUACUAUGACAUGUGUUUCAAAAGAACUAUGUGGCUGUCACGAUAAAGAGGGGAGAUACUAUAAUAAUACUGACAAAGUUCCAACAACAGAAAACUGUCAUACAUGUAACUGCAGUUCAACGAGCAUCCAAUGCUUUUAUGAUGCCCAAGCCUGUACUUGCACAUAUUUGAAUAAAACAUAUUACCCUGGCAAAACCAUCUAUAACACAACAGAUGGGCUUGGUAACUGCUUCAUAGCAGUGUGUAGGACAAAUGGUACCAUUGACAAGGGGUCAUAUUUAUGCCCAGUACCAACACCAACAACACCUAUGCCCAUUGUAAGCACAUCUACAGUAAGCCAGUCUUCAGCCACCUUUGUUUUUACAACCACACCAGAGCCCCAUACAGUUCCAGUCCCAUGCAAUCCCUGUGAAUGGUCACCAUGGUUUGAUACUAGCUUCCCAACUCUAGGAACUCCAGGAGGAGACAGUGAAACGUAUGACAAGAUUAAAGAGGCAGGGAACAAGCUAUGUGCCAAGCCAAGCGAGAUCCAAUGCAGAGCUGAGAAAUUCCCAAAUGUCUCCAUUGACAGUGUUGGACAAGUGGUGCAAUGUGAUCUGGCUAAGGGGCUCAUAUGCAGAAAUGGAGAUCAGUCAGGAUCACAGUGCUUCAACUACCAAGUCAGAUUUCUGUGUUGUGACUAUAGUGCAUGCCCAACAAAGCCUAGUCCUUCUAUGACACCUUCAAUCUCACCCACAAAGCCCGCAAUAAUACUUACAACCACACAUGUUACAGAAACACCUUGUCAGGAAACGUUAUGCAAAUGGUCAAAAUGGAUAAAUUCCGACUACCCUGAAUAUGGUAAUGGAGUUGGAGACAAUGAAACCAUCAAACACAUCAUUCAGAAAGGAUUUAAAAUCUGCAAGGAUCCGGAGGCAGUGGAAUGUCGUGCUGAGGAAUAUCCAACAAUUCCCAUUCACCAAUUGCCGCAACAAGUGACAUGUAAUAAACAAGGACUCGUGUGUAAGAACAAUUUACAGUUUCCUCCCAUAUGUCUCGAUUAUGAAAUAAGGGUAGAAUGUUGCAGAACAGUUCAAUGCAGCACAACACCACAAACUACUACUACUUUCACAACGACAUCACAGAAAACGCAUACCACUACAACAACAAAGCCUUCUACCACAACUGAAACAACAACACUUCAGACAAUGACAACUGCACCUUGUCCUGGUGGACAUGAUAUGACAUGUGGCUGGUCAGAAUGGAUCAACCUUGGCAAGCCCACAUCAGGCUCCAAUGGUGGAGAUGAUGAAUCAAUCCAGAAUAUAAUCUCUGCUGGUUAUCCUAUAUGCUCAGCUCCUGAAGAAGUUCAGUGUAGAUCUGUUCUUUACCCAGGUCUUCCCUUGUCAGAGAUGGGACAAGCUUUGACUUGCAACAAAGAUGUUGGUUUCAUCUGCAACAACAAACAACAAGGGCUUAUACAACAGUGUUUUGAUUAUGAGAUUAGAUUGAAAUGCUGUGACUGUCAAACACCCUCCACUGCAGUACCAAUUACACCCUCAACGCCUUCCACUACAGUAACAUCUGCAACACCAUCAACUCUAUCAACAACAGUUACAGCCUCAACACCUUUGAGUACAACAACUAGUACACCUUCUACCACAACCGAAACAACAACACCUGAACCAAUCCCAACUGCACCUUGCCCUGGUGGACAUGAUAUGACAUGUGGCUGGUCAGAAUGGAUCAACUUUGGCAAGCCCACAUCAGGCCCCAAUGGUGGAGAUGAUGAAUCAAUCCAGAAUAUAAUCUCUGCUGGUUAUCCUAUAUGCUCAGCUCCUGAAGAAGUUCAGUGUAGAUCUGUUCUUUACCCUGGUUUUCCCACGUCAGAGAUGGGACAAACUGUGACUUGCAACAAAGAUGUUGGUUUCAUCUGCAACAACACACAACAAGGGCCUACGCAACAGUGUUUUGAUUAUGAGAUUAGAUUGAAAUGCUGUGACUGUCAAACACCUUCCACUCCAGUACCAAUUACACCCUCAACUCCUUCCACCACAGUAACAACUACAACACCCUCAACUACUUCAACCACAGUUACAGCCUCAACACCUUUGAGUACAACAACUAGUACACCUUCUACCACAACCGAAACAACAACACCUGAACCAAUCCCAACUGCACCUUGCCCUGGUGGACAUGAUAUGACAUGUGGCUGGUCAGAAUGGAUCAACCUUGGCAAGCCCACAUCAGUCCCCAAUGGUGGAGAUGAUGAAUCAAUCCAGAAUAUAAUCUCUGCUGGUUAUCCUAUAUGCUCAGCUCCUGAAGAAGUUCAGUGUAGAUCUGUUCUUUACCCUGGUUUUCCCACGUCAGAGAUGGGACAAACUGUGACUUGCAACAAAGAUGUUGGUUUCAUCUGCAACAACACACAACAAGGGCCUACGCAACAGUGUUUUGAUUAUGAGAUUAGAUUGAAAUGCUGUGACUGUCAAACACCUUCCACUCCAGUACCAAUUACACCCUCAAUGCCUUCCACUACAGUAACAUCUGCAACACCCUCAACUCCUUCCACCACAGUACCAACUACAACACCCUCAACUACUUCAACCACAGUUACAGCCUCAACACCUUUGAGUACAACAACUAGUACACCUUCUACCACAACCGAAACAACAACACCUCAGCCAAUCCCAACUGCACCUUGCCCUGGUGGACAUGAUAUGACAUGUGGCUGGUCAGAAUGGAUCAACUUUGGCAAGCCCACAUCAGGCCCCAAUGGUGGAGAUGAUGAAUCAAUCCAGAAUAUAAUCUCUGCUGGUUAUCCUAUAUGCUCAGCUCCUGAAGAAGUCCAGUGUAGAUCUGUUCUUUACCCUGGUUUUCCCACGUCAGAGAUGGGACAAACUGUGACUUGCAACAAAGAUGUUGGUUUCAUCUGCAACAACACACAACAAGGGCCUACGCAACAGUGUUUUGAUUAUGAGAUUAGAUUGAAAUGCUGUGACUGUCAAACACCUUCCACUCCAGUACCAAUUACACCCUCAACUCCUUCCACCACAGUAACAACUACAACACCCUCAACUACUUCAACCACAGUUACAGCCUCAACACCUUUGAGUACAACAACUAGUACACCUUCUACCACAACCGAAACAACAACACCUGAACCAAUCCCAACUGCACCUUGCCCUGGUGGACAUGAUAUGACAUGUGGCUGGUCAGAAUGGAUCAACCUUGGCAAGCCCACAUCAGUCCCCAAUGGUGGAGAUGAUGAAUCAAUCCAGAAUAUAAUCUCUGCUGGUUAUCCUAUAUGCUCAGCUCCUGAAGAAGUUCAGUGUAGAUCUGUUCUUUACCCUGGUUUUCCCACGUCAGAGAUGGGACAAACUGUGACUUGCAACAAAGAUGUUGGUUUCAUUUGCAACAACACACAACAAGGGCCUACGCAACAGUGUUUUGAUUAUGAGAUUAGAUUGAAAUGCUGUGACUGUCAAACACCUUCCACUCCAGUACCAAUUACACCCUCAAUGCCUUCCACUACAGUAACAUCUGCAACACCCUCAACUCCUUCCACCACAGUAACAACUCCAACACCCUCAACUCCCUCCACCACAGUAACAACUACAACACCCUCAACUCCUUCCACCACAGUAACAACUACAACACCCUCAACUCCUUCCACCACAGUAACAACUACAGCACCCUCAACUCCUUCCACCACAGUUACAACUACAACACCCUCAACUCCUUCCACCACAGUUACAACUACAACACCCUCAACUCCCUCCACCACAGUAACAACUACAACACCCUCAACUACUUCAACCACAGUACCAACUACAACACCCUCAACUCCCUCCACCACAGUUACAACUACAACACCCUCAACUCCCUCCACCACAGUAACAACUACAACACCCUCAACUCCUUCCACCACAGUUACAACUACAACACCCUCAACUCCCUCCACCACGGUAACAACUACGACAACCUCAACUCCUUCCACCACAGUACCAACUACAACACCCUCAACUCCCUCCACCACGGUAACAACUACAACACCCUCAACUCCUUCCACCACAGUAACAUCUGCAACACCCUCAACUACUUCAACCACAGUAACAACUGCAACACCCUCAACUCCUUCCAAGACAGUAACAACUACAACACCCUCAACUCCCUCCACCACAGUAACAACUACAACACCCUCAACUCCUUCCACCACAGUAACAACUACAACACCCUCAACUCCUUCAACCACAGUAACAACUACAACACCCUCAACUCCUUCAACCACAGUAACAACUACAACACCCUCAACUCCCUCCACCACAGUUACAACUACAACACCCUCAACUCCCUCCACCACAGUAACAACUACAACACCCUCAACUCCUUCCACCACGGUAACAACUACGACAACCUCAACUCCUUCCACCGCAGUACCAACUACAACACCCUCAACUCCUUCAACCACAGUAACAACUACAACACCCUCAACUCCUUCAACCACAGUAACAACUACAACACCCUCAACUCCCUCCACCACAGUAACAACUACAACACCCUCAACGCCUUCCACCACAGUAACAACUGCAACGCCAUCAACUCCUUCCACUACGAUAAUUGUACUGACAGAAGAAACCAAUCAACCAAUUACUUCGCCACAAUGCCAAUGUUUUUAUAAUGGUACAAAGUUUCCUGCUGGCUCCAUAGUAUACAAUGAGACAGACCAUGAUGGCUACUGUUACACAGGGUACUGCAAUGAGAGCUGUCAUGUAGUAACCACAGGACAGCCAUGUGAUAUACAUCCUCCACAUCCUCCACCUGUGUUUUGUGUAACAGGUCAAGGUCAAAAACAGAAUGGUGAAAGUUGGAUGAUGAGUAACUGUACUAAGGCAACGUGUAUAAAUGGCAACGUUUCCAUGAGCCACAGACCGUGCCAUAUUCAAAAGCCUGUAGUCUGUGCAAAUAACUUUGCUGCAAUUAAAGUGCUGGAUGAUGAAGGAUGCUGCUCCCACUAUGAAUGUCAAUGUAUCUGCUACGGGUGGGGAGAUCCCCAUUAUGUCACAUUCGAUGGAACCUACUAUGGUUUGCAAGGCAACUGUUCCUACUGGCUGGUGAAAGAGAUCUCGCCCAAAUAUGACUUCAGUGUUAUAAUUGACAACUACUACUGUGGAGCAGCUGACGGCUUGUCCUGUCCUCAGUCCAUCACAGUCUUCUACAAAAGCUACAAGAUCUUUAUAACACAAAAGGAAAUAAAUAGCACAUUUAAAAAUCAGGUUUCCGUCAAUGACAGGCAUGUAAGUCCUGCAUACCAGAACGGGCACUUCCGUAUAACCACCACUGGUAUUGAUACAGUGCUUGUAAUCCCUAAAAUCCAUGCCAAGAUCACCUUCUCAGGGCUCAUAUUCAGCAUUGACCUGCCCUAUAGUAAAUUUGGCAACAACACCUGGGGGCAGUGUGGCACAUGUGAUAACAACCGGACAGAUGACUGCAUGUUGCCCAGUGGCAAAAUUGAUUCUUCAUGUCCUAAUAUGGCUCACGAGUGGCAUACUGACAGCAACUGUACACAACUUCCUCCCACACCAAACACAACUCCUACGCCCGAUACCUGCAAUACAAGCAUCUGUGAGAUCAUCGAGAGCAGUGUAUUUGAAGCUUGCCACAAGGUCGUUGACUACCGUCCUUUUGUUGAGGCCUGUGAGUUUGACGUUUGUCACAUGCACAUUAAUCACAUUGGCUGCAUCAGCUUACAAACUUACGCUGGAGUCUGUGCUUCGGCUGGAAUAUGCAUCGACUGGAGGAAUUCCACCAAAGGACUCUGUGCAUAUACAUGUCCAAGUCCCAAAGUGUAUCAGCCCUGUGGCCCUCCGGUGGAGCCUACCUGUGAUUCCUGGUACAACCAGAAGUUUAUCAGUACUGUCAAUGAGUUCAGAGAGAUGGAUACUGUUGAGACGGAGGGUUGCUAUUGCCCCAGUGGCACCAACCUCGUCUCCUCCGCCUCUGAUGAAUGUGUUCCUACCUGUGAAAUAUGUCGACUGGCAAAGGGAAAAUGGAAAGAGGCCAAUUCCACGUGGACAGAAGACUGUAACACGUGUAUUUGUGAAGAGGACACACUGCAGGUCACAUGCAGUCACGUGUCCUGUCCAACACUGCCACCUGUCAGCUGUGAGGAGCCGGGUCAGAUUAAAGUCACUAAUACUGUUGGCUGCUGUCAAGAGGAUAAGUGUGAGUGUGAUGUGAAGCAGUGCUCUGGGGUUGUGCCGUCCUGUCCUGUGGGUUAUACUCUCCACACCACUGUGGGAGUCUGCUGCUCGAACUACUCCUGCGAGCCCAUUCCGGAUGUGUGUGUUUUCAACAACCUUCAAUAUCAGGUUGGAGACUUAGUGCCCAUGAAGUCAUGUGAGAUGUGCAUAUGUAGUCCCCGGACAGAUGCCAGCAGCCACCAGAACAUCAUAGAAUGUCAUCCAUUACCAUGUGACACACACUGCCCUGUGGGUUAUGAGUACCAGGUCAGGCCUAAUCAGUGCUGUGGAAAGUGUGUCCAGAUCAGCUGCAUUGUCGCAUUGCCCAACUCCACACACUCAUUAAAGCCUGGAACCAUUUGGAGUCCCGCUUGGAACCCCUGUGUGAAGUUUGAGUGUGUGAAGAUUGCUAAUCACUUCAUUACUGUUGAGGCCAAGACCAUGUGUCCUUCCUACGACCCAGCAGAAUGCAUACCGGGAACUGAGACUGUCGCUCCAGACGGAUGCUGCCACAUCUGUAUUCGCAGAGGUCAGCCCUGCAAUGUGAGCAGCACUGCUGUGAUCGUGGAGAACCAGGGCUGCCUCUCAAAAGAGGUCGUUAAUGUCACGUCCUGCGCCGGAGCAUGUGGAACCUUCACCUUUUAUUCUAUCAAAAUGCGAGCUCUGCAACACACAUGCUCCUGCUGCCAGGAGGUGGCUACGUCUAAGAGGCAGAUCCAGCUCUCCUGCCCCGACAGCACAGAGAUCAGCUUCAGCUACACCCACAUCGAGGCCUGUGCCUGCCUGGACACCGACUGCUCUGUGGUGCGCCGCGGGCAGAUCUCUUCCCCAGCUACCAGCUCUCGCCGACGCAGGAGAUAAGGCCAAAACCAGGCAUCAUCUGCAUACAUUUUCCUCUAUGUAUAUCUCAUGUAUUAGGGCAGAUACA